AUGAAUCAGAAUUACGGGUUAAGUGAAAAAGUUGAGACAGUUAGUGGCGAUGACAAAAUCUCUGUUGAUAUUCCGCAUCGCAGACUUUGGGAAGAAUUUCACUGUAAUAAUAAUGAAAUGAUUCUAACGAAUAAAGGAAGAUGCGUCUAUCCACGAAUUGCAUAUAAUGUGAAGGGACUCGACUUGAAAUCAGUUUAUGCAGUGUGUUUGAAAAUAUGUAGAGCAGAUUGCACAAGGUUUAUAAUUUACAUGUAA